UCUUUAGCCCUUAUAUAUAUAUAACUCCUAUUCCCAAACUUAUAUCCUAUAUUUGUGUCACUAAAAAGAUAUAUCAUUUGGUGCAUAUACACACUUAGAUCUCCUCUGUUCUUGUCUGAUCUUCCAAACAUGGCAAUGCAAACAUUUUUAUUAAGCUUGGCUGUUAUGGCAGCCAUGCUCAUUCAACUCACCAUGGGAGAAACUUACACAGUAGGAGGCAGUGGUGGAUGGGAGCAAACCUCAGACCUCCAAACUUGGGGAUCAUCUCAGACUUUUUCAGUCGGAGACAGUCUCAGUUUCCAAUAUACUCCAAACCAUAAUGUUAUCGAAGUUCCUAAAGCAGACUACGAUGUUUGUGGGACAACUAACCUGAUUCAGAUCUACAACGACGGGAGUACAAUCAUUCCUUUAACAUCUCCAGGAAAGAGAUACUUCAUUUGUGGAACAUCAGGACAUUGCAGCGGAGGAAUGAAGCUUGAAAUCACUACUCUUGCAGCAGCCACCCCAUCUUCUCUUCCUCCCUCCUCUAAUACUCCAACUCCAAAGCCAUCUUCUCCUCCUUCCCCACCCGGCCCCGUCGCAGAUAAUUCGCCUGAGGCCGAGCCAACCGCAGCUCCUCCAUUGUCGCCUUAUUCAUCCGUGGAGGACGGCUCGCCCUUGUCACUCACUCCUAUUGCUCCUUCUACCAGUGCUCACCUCUCCGCCCCAGCACCAUCUGCUGCACCGGUCAACUUUGCAACCAGUUUUCGAUCUGGACUCUUGAUGGGGUUCGGUGCCUUGCUUCUAGCUUUUUAAGCUGCAUGUUAUAAUAAUUAUAGAUAAUUUUUUUAAAAAGAAAAAUGUAAUAUUAUUACCUAUUAUUGAGUAUAUUAUAAAAUCUUUAUAUGUCACUCUUUAUCAUUUUCUUUCGGUACGUUCGAGCCUUCAUCUAAUCAAUAUUUUUUACUGUGAAGCUAUGUUUGGUUUCCAAAACAAAAG